UAUUCUAAAACCGGUUUCUCGGCCAUUGCACGUGGUAUUGCAACAUGGCGGUCGAACCACAGAAGUCACACAGGCCUGGGCCUUUAAAACAGCAAAACAAAGCACACAAACAUGGAAAACAUAAAAGCAAAGGGCAGCUGGAAAGAGAAACUAAAGGUCGAGUAAAUGUCAAAGUUCUUUCUAAACGGAGCCGUCAGUCAAUGAAGAAAGCAGAAAGAAGAAAUCAGGCACUGCAAAUGAGAAAACAGAAGAGGGAUGAAGUUUUGGAAAAGAAGAGAAACAGAGGUGGAACAAAUACGCCGCCACACUUUGUGGUUGUUGUAUCUCUGGAUCGGAAUAUAGACACCAAGGUACUUCUGGAUCUGCUGAAGAUUGCUGAUGAUUCUGCAGUAGUCAAGCAGAAUGAACAAGGAAUAUUGCAUCUGAGCAUCCCUCGCUUCAAGCAGAGAGUGUCAAUCUUCACACCCGAGUAUGGAAACUUGUAUGCACUGUUGGAUGCAGCAAAGAUAGCAGAUACCUUGUUAUGUGCAGUGUCUACUGACAACGUCAUCGACAAAUAUGGAGAACACUGCCUUAGCUGCCUCUAUGGUCAGGGCAUGCCGGCAGCUGUCUUUGUCUGUAAUGGUUUUAAAAGUCUGCCCAUGAAGAAACAAGCUGAAACAAGAAAAUUGAUGCAACGGAAAAUUGAGAAAAGAUUUCCAGCAGAGAAGUUUCAUUCUUUGGACACAAGUCAGGAUGCUCUGCUGGUGGUCAGGCAAAUAACCAAUCAAAAGUUGCGUAACAUCCAAUAUAGGGAUGUCAGGCCACAUCUCAUUGGAGAAGAGAUCAGUUUUGAACUUGAUAAUACUGAGAGCGACACCGGGACGCUGAAGGUGACAGGGUACCUGCGGGGGAAGACGCUCACCGUGAACAGACUGGUGCACAUCCCGGGAUGGGGGGACUUUCAGAUGCUGCAGAUAGACGCACCGGAUGACCCCUACCCCCUCAAUCUGCACCCUGGGAAACAGAACAGGAAGACUCAGGAUGUGGAGAUGGAGUCGGAAGACCCCCGGUCUGAGGUGAAUGUGCUGGAGCGGUGCGAGCCGGGCAAGCAGGAGAGUCUGGACAGUGAGGUGCUGCCCGACCCCAUGAUGGGGGAACAAACAUGGCCCACGGAGGAGGAGCUGGCAGAAGCUGAAUCUGAGUCAAAGAGAAAAAUAGUGAAGAGAGUACCAAAAGGGACAUCGGACUACCAAGCUGCCUGGAUCAUAGAUAGUGAUGAAGAGGAAGGUGACGACAGUGAGGAAGAAUCGGAUGAAGAAAUGGAUGCUGACAUGGAGGCUCAGGAGGAAAAUGAUUCUAGUGAGGAAGAAGACGUGAAUGAUGAUGACGACAAAAGUGAAUAUGAGACAGUGACUAUAGCAGAAGACGACGCCUCAAAGUAUGAUGCCGCUAUGGACCUAGACGAAGACAUGCAAAUGCUAGCGAAGUUGAAGGAAGAGAAACAGCAUGUGAUGUUCCCUGACGAAGUCGACACACCAGCUAACGUCACAGCCAGAACAAGAUUUGCAAGGUUCCGGGGAUUGAAGAGCUUUAGAACUUCUCCCUGGGAUCCUAAAGAAAACUUGCCAUCGGACUUCGCUCGAAUAUUCCAGUUUGAGAACUUCAAGAGGACCAAGAAGCGGUGUAUUGAGGAGGACUUGGAUGAAGGAGCCAUGCCUGGGUGGUACAUCACGGUCCAUGUUGCUAAUGUACCGAAGGCCUUCAUAGAGGGGUAUCAGCCAGGGUCGCCUGUUGUGCUGUUUGGGCUGCUGCCACAUGAACAUAAAGUAUCUGUCGUCCAUUUUGUUGUGAAGAAGUGUGCUGAAGUGGACCAGCCAAUCAGGUCGAAGGACAGGCUCAUCUUUCACGUGGGAUACCGAAGGUUCUCAGCUAAUCCCAUCUUCUCUCAGCACACACUUGGCUCAAAACACAAGUUUGAGAGGUUCAUGCCGACGGGCACGGCAGUGGUGGCUACAGUGUAUGCCCCGAUCCUGUUCCCGCCGUCUCCUGUACUGGUGUUUCAGGAAGUGGCCUAUGGAGAGCAGAGCCUCGUGGCCACAGGCACCCUGCUGUCCGUCAACCCCGACCGGAUCAUAGCAAAGAGGGCCGUACUCAGUGGUUACCCAUUCAAGAUCAACAAGCGGUCAGCGGUCAUCAGAUACAUGUUCUUCAACAGAGAGGACAUUAUGUGGUUUAAACCCGUAGAGCUGAGAACCAAGUGGGGACGGAGGGGCCACAUAAAGGAGCCAUUGGGCACCCAUGGUCAUAUGAAGUGUGUGUUUGAUGGCAAGAUGAAGUCUCAGGACACAAUUCUCAUGAACUUGUACAAGCGCAUGUACCCAAAGUGGACGUACAACCCCCACGUGACGAUGCCCGUGGUGGUGAAGGAAUAUGGCGCUGGUGACAUGGAGAGUGAUGACAAGGCGGGGGAAGGAGCAGCUUACCAGAUGUUUGAGUGAUGUGGCUCUCCUCUCACUAUUGUCCUCCCUGACCAUUGCUGCGUGACCAUUGCUGCGUGACCAUUGCUCCGUGACCAUUGCUCCGUGACCAUUGCUUCGUGACCAUUGCUUCGUGACCAUUAUUCAGGGCCCUGUAUCACAAACCAAUCCUUCUGUGAAGACGAUCGAAACUACCGGGGUAGACAUAUGACAAUCUUUGUUUUCACACGACUUUGUGAAUCACGGACUAGAAAAUCACUAUGGAGUUCUUGUUACAUUUUCCAGCAGGACCGGGAAUUUUAUUUUGUUAUAUUUGGACAAGCCAUCUUGUAGAUUUCAGAAAAAAAGAUGAGGUAUGGUCCAGGGGUCUGGAAAAUUUAAAAUCCCAAUCGGACAUUUGCAUUUAGGCCACGCCCCUUUCAAAUAGCGUAUUUUAGAACGACUUUUCACACACAUUACAAGUUGUUACAUAUACAUAAUAUGAUGAACCGGACAUUUGAGAUUCCCAUUAGGACAUGUCCGGCGCAUAUGACCGUUUCCGGACCCCUGGUAUGGUCAUUGGGUGUCAUUUUGAAAUAUUCUGAAUUUGAUGCUGUUUUUGUUUUCUGAACCACAAACUGUCUAUUAAUUAAAGACAUUGUAUCUAAAAUACUUCCCACAAACACUCUAUAACAAUGUGGGUGAACGGGUGGCCCAGUCGUCUUAGGCGCCACGAUUCGCUGUUUAGAGUUGCGUCCCUUGGGCACGCCAGAAACCUAUGAUUGUGGGUUCGAAUCCCGGUUCGCCCCAAUUAUG